CGCGGAUUGCCUUUUCGAGAUCGAACUUCGAAGACGUUUGCCAUCAUCGCAAGACAUCAAUUUGCAGGAGCUAAUCUAUAGUGCUGAAUGCUGACCCGUGCAGUCCUUCGUCCAAGGAUAUUUAAUCUCAAUCGCUUUCUCCAUUCAUCCUCCCGUAUCAGCAGGCAAUCGUUUGACCCAUCUGCUGUUGAACGUGUCUCGGAGGAUGUGGACGUUUGCAUCGUCGGAGCUGGCCCUGCUGGCCUUAGCGCUGCGAUUCGACUAAAGCAGAUGGAACAAAAAUUAGGAAAAGAAUUUAGGGUCGUUGUACUGGAAAAGGGUGCUGAAGUAGGCUCUCAUACACUCUCCGGAGCUGUCAUCGAACCUCGAGCACUCGACGAGCUCUUACCAGAUUGGGCCCUCCGCGAUGACCACCCACUCACGCAGUCAGCAACGUCCUCUCACAUGCGGUUCCUCACAAAGUCGUUCUCGAUACCUAUACCUCAUCCCCCUCAAAUGGCAAACCAAGGCAAUUACAUCGUGUCGCUCUCUCGUUUUACUGCGUGGCUCGGGAACGUUGCAGAGGAAAUGGGUGUUGAGGUUUACCCUGGGUUCGCCGGCGCGGGCGUGGUUUACGCAGAUGAUGGGAGCGUUGCUGGUGUCAGGACUAAUGAAGUGGGUCUGGACAGACUAGGGUGCAUGAAAGAAUCCUUUGAGCCUGGAAUGGAGUUUCGUGCAAAAGUCACCCUUAUCGCGGAAGGCGCACACGGCUCCAUCGCCAAGGAACUCAUUCAAAAUUUUGAUCUCAACCGGAAUUCCGAUCCACAAACAUAUGGCAUCGGCCUCAAAGAAGUUUGGCGCGUGGAUCCAACCCAAUAUCGACCUGGUGAAGUUGUCCAUACCAUGGGAUGGCCCCUUGAUUUCAGGACAUACGGUGGUGGGUGGGUUUAUCACAUGGCUGAUGGGCUCGUCAGCCUAGGCCUUGUAAUCGGACUCGACUAUGCCAACCCAUAUCUGAGUCCCUAUAAAGAAUUUCAGCGUAUGAAACACCAUCCAUAUUUCGCGCAGCUCCUGUCUGGGAACUCCACAAGGAUAGCAUAUGGUGGACGUUCGCUCAACGAAGGCGGUCUUCAAUCUGUGCCUCAGCUUUACUUCCCCGGUGGUGCCCUAGUCGGUUGCUCGGCUGGUUUCGUCAACAUCGCGAAAAUUAAAGGCACCCAUAAUGCGAUGAAGAGCGGUAUGU